CAGCUGACAAGAAAGCGGAACGAGAAGAAAUAUGGUGGAACAACUAAACAGUUUGCCUGUUACAGAGUGUCUUAACCUGUGUCACAGGGUAGUGGAUGGACUCUGUGGCCGAGAACCUCCUCGCAGAGGGGACUACAAUGCCACCUGGAGCCUGGAGGAGUGGUUGAAGCUUAUCAACACUUUGGCAACAGUCUUCCGGCUGUCGGUAGGGAACAACAGCUCUGAUGAAGAGGUGCUGGUUGGCCUGUCAGAGUUGAGUAGCAGCCACUCAGAAGCAGUGCUCAAUGUGCUAAAAGCCAGACGGGAGGAGAUUUGCCAUGCUCUGCUGGCCAGAACCAACACAAUCUCCUCGACUAUCCUGCAGGACUUUGACUGGCAGCUUAAGGUGGCGCUGUCUAGUGACAAGAUCUCUUCUCUUCAGACUCCUUUGUUAAGUCUUAGUCUGGAUAUAAGAGAGAACGGAGCCCUCAAGCCUGUUACCAUGGAGGUGAACAGAGAGGAGCUUAACACACUCAUCAGUUCACUAGAGGCUGCUAACAAGGUGCUGCUACAGUUGAAAUGAUGGAUCAACUGUAAAACACUUCACAUCCAAAGUAGAGGCAGUAGAGUAAAGAGAUGCCCUGGGACACCAUCAGUGGAGUGAACUUGUAAUUCACCUUUUCAAAUGAUCAGAACAAAUUCUAGCCUUUGUCCAUCCAUGUACAAUUUAUACAGCCUAUCCUUGUACAGUGUCUCAGAAAGCUGGCUCCCUUCCCAAGUGAUAUCGGGUGGGAGAAGGGAGUUCUCGCUUCGUUCGUCUAAAGCUGUGAUUUAUGAGCAUGUUGCCUUCAGUAUUUUAUUACACCUUGGUUGAAAUUGCAUUCCCUUUAAAAAAAAAAACUAUAAAUAAAAGUGCUUUGAGGAC